CUUCUAAAAACAAAAUGGCAUCAUAAACAGUGCAGUGUGGUCUAUCGUGAAACUGAAACAGUCAUCAUGGACGAUUUGGACAUUAGCAUCAUUUCCAAACUUCUUUAUUCGGCAUGGUUCAAAUUUCAAAUCCUAAAUACCGUCCCCUCCAGCACGGACCAGUUGCUCGACGAGACGGGAAGCUAUUCGAUAAGGCAGCUUUUGCAGCAAAAGAUGGGCUAUCUGGAGGCGUUGAAUCGUUGUCUGUGGCGACAUGGCGAGGAACCGAUGCCGAGUUCUAGCACGGAGCUGAUGCAAACAAGUGCGGAGUCCGGAAGUUCGCUGGACACGUUUGAUUUGAAAAGAUAUGAGCGCUACUGUAGGGAGGAACGGAUUUUGAAGCGCCAAAUGAAUAAUCUCUUGAGAUUGCACGAUUUGACGCAUCGGGAUUAUGCGGAAGAAUACAGCAUAGAAGUUGCUAAAAAUAUCCUUGUCAGUCGAUGGGAGUCGUCUCGCUUAGAACAACUUUCGAUGCAACUUCAAGAUCGUUUCCAAGCCCUGGAAAAAUGCACUCGUAGUUCCGAGUGUCACAUACGAAUCAGUCUCAAAGCUUGUAGAUUAAUUGAUCAGUUCUACACAUGGCAAUUGGAUGAAGUUCAGAACGAUAUUGACCAAUGGAUGGAACGAUUUGAGCAUGAGAAGGAUGACCUGGAUGGCCGUUUUCAGCGAGCUAGAGCUAAGAAAAGACACUGGAAAACGUUGAUGGAGGAGGUUGAGAAUCGUGAACAAGAAAUUGAACGUCUGCAAAAAUUGGAAGAUGAACACCAUAAACGGAUCGAUUAUAGGGAGUUGUGCUGGAACAGUGCUGUUAAGAUUCAAGCCUGGUGGCGCGGGUAGAUCGUACGGAAAGGGAUCAAAUUGGGGGGACGAAGAAAAAUGCGAAGGAAAAAGAAAACUAAGGGCAAGAAAAACCACAAAUCCAAAAUAACGAGAAAGGCGAGAUAAUAUCAACUAUUAACUGGUGGCUGCAUGUUUGCUUUCCUAUGUUUAGUAAUUCAUAUCCUGGUUAUAUCACUAAUUGUCCUAAUUAUCCUGGAAAUAGAUAGAUACCGCUUAAGAUAGGAGGCAGCGUACGUUUAUCAUUCGGAAUGAACCAAUCUCUCUAAUGAAUAACAACCAGUGAAAGCUA